CUCCAAAUAAUAUUGCAACAUAGUUAAAGAAUGGGUUUAAAGUCUACCCCGAUGUUGAUAUAAAGACUGCCACUCCCCGUCUCCGGUAAAUCAUUUGAUAUAGUGCAAUGCAAAUCUACCACAAUCAUUUGAAAUCAAUCAUACUUUUUUGAAGAUAUUACUGAUUUGAGCAGAAUUACAGUGAAGAUAUUUGACAGAAAUGAGGGAGAUUGUCCAUUUGCAGACUGGCCAGUGUGGCAACCAAAUCGGAUCAAAGUUCUGGGAAGUCACAUGUGACGAGCAUGGCGUUGACCCUACAGGAGUUUACCAUGGCGACUCCGAUCUCCAACUGGAGCGCAUCAACGUCUACUUCAACGAGGCCAACGGAGGCAGAUACGUCCCGCGAUCGGUGCUCAUCGAUCUAGAGCCAGGAACCAUGGACUCAGUCCGGUCUGGUCCGUACGGACAGAUCUUCCGCCCGGACAAUUUUAUAUUCGGACAGAGUGGAGCAGGGAACGUUUGGGCCAAGGGACAUUAUACUGAAGGAGCAGAGCUGGUAGAAGCCGUGAUUGAUGUCGUUAGGAAAGAAGCCGAAAGCUGCGAUUGUCUACAGGGAUUUCAACUCACACAUUCUCUAGGAGGUGGUACCGGUUCUGGCAUGGGUACCUUGCUGGUUAGCAAGCUAAAGGAGGAGUAUCCCGAUAGGAUCUUUAUGACAUUCAGUGUUAUUCCAUCCCCGAAGGUUUCUGAAGUAGUUGUCGAACCCUACAACGCCACCCUUUCAGUUCAUCAGCUUGUUGAAAACACAGACGAAACAUAUUGCAUCGAUAACGAAGCCCUCUACGACAUCUGUUUCCGAACCUUGAAACUGACCACACCUACAUAUGGCGAUUUGAAUCAUAUUCUAUCUUACGCCAUGAGCGGCAUCACCGCGAGUCUUCGUUUCCCUGGACAGCUCAACGCAGACCUUCGCAAACUUGCCGUCAACAUGGUGCCCUUUCCACGUCUUCACUUCUUCAUGCCUGGGUUUUCACCCUUGACUAGCCGCGGUAGCCAGCAGUACCAAGCCUUGACCGUCCCCGAGCUCACCCAGCAGAUGUUCGAUGCCAAAAACAUGAUGGCCGCUUGCGAUCCUCGUCACGGUCGUUACCUUACCGUAGCGACCAUGUUCCGUGGUCGCAUGUCCAUGAAAGAGGUUGACGAACAGAUUCUCAAUACGCAGACAAAGAACAGUACUUACUUUGUGGAGUGGAUCCCCAACAAUAUCAAAUCAGCAGUUUGUGACAUACCUCCUAAAGGUAUGAAGAUGUCCGCUACCUUCAUUGGCAACAACACCGCCAUACAGGAAAUCUUCAAGCGCAUCUCUGAGCAGUUCACCGCUAUGUUCAGGAGAAAGGCUUUCCUUCAUUGGUACACCGGAGAGGGUAUGGACGAGAUGGAGUUCACUGAGGCUGAGAGCAACAUGAAUGACUUGGUGUCCGAGUACCAGCAAUACCAGGACGCCACGAUCGAUGAUGAGGGUGAAUUCGAAGAGGAAGAAGGGGAGGCCGACCCCGAGGAAGCCUGAGUUACUUUGAUUAUUUUUUUUAAAACCAAAUAUAACAAUAUUGAUAAUUAAAUUCCAACGGGCCCCUGGGGCCCGUUGCAGAAAGAGUUGCAAUCAAUCGCAACUCUAAAUAUCACGCGCAACUUGAUUUUCAACCAAUCAACAGCGCGCAUUUGGGACUUGCGAUUGAUUUUUUUAGCUUGCGUUUAAAGGCAACUCUUUCUGCAACGGGCCCCUGGACAGAUAGAGAUACCAUCAGUCAUAACUCUACAGCGAUUUAUUUCGUCUUUGAAUGUUGUAGUGACAUGGUAAAUCAAUUCCUAAUUUCGUCAGAAUAAGUACAUUUUGUUAAUUCAUUACUUCAAGUUCAAAAGCAUAUGGAAAAUACUAAAUGGUCGACAUCAACAUACUUUAAAAGAAAAAAAAUUUACGAAAAGCAGUGAUUUUAAUGUUUAAACCUGAAUGCUAUUUUUGAUAUACCCAAAUUAAUAAUCCAUAACUGUCCAAGUUUAGGGACAAUUUGCGACAAAUUAUGUGCAUGUUUAAGGUGUUAGUAAAGUAGCAUGCAAAUGCUCCAAUGUCCGUGAAACUGAGUACCAAUUCGAUUUGUUGUCUAAUUCUAAUAAUGGAAAUCAUGGGGCUAGAAAUAAAACUGUUAUGAAAAAAUGUUAACGAAAAAUGAAUUAACAAUUUUUUCGUAUUUUGUUUUAUUUUGAUAUUGAUACAAAAUAGAACACUAUUAUGCAUAAGCAUUUAAAUGAUGAUCUUCUCGUCUAUUCAUUAUUUUGUUUCAAUGACUAGCGCUGUCUCAAGGCUGAAGAUGGCGUAGCAAUGUUUUCCAUGCAUCUGUCUGCACCAUUCAUUUAGUAUUUUUCAGUGUCAGAGGCCUCGAACGAUUGUAAAGAGAGAGUGCUGGUUUGUUUACAAGCUUACUACCCCUCCCCGAAAAAAUACUAGAAAAUUAAGGUGAUUCCGUUAAAAAAAUGACAAGCUCUCCUCCCUCCCCCCCCAAAAAAAACGGUUUUCGAUAAAGAAUUAAGGUGAUUUUGUUCCGGAAAAAGACAAGCAGAAUUGAUAUAUUUUGUGUGUGUGCGUCUGUGGGUGUGUGUGUGUGUGGAGGGGGGGGGGGGGGUUAGUAUCCCAGCUUCAUAGGGCUAUGGUAUUUGUGCAAGCCGAGUUUUUCAUUUGUAAUUUGUCAAAUUUGAUUUCGAGCUUUUGUGAUACAUACAUAAAUAUAUUUUACUUUUGAAUUAUUGACAUCUUAAUUAAUCAAAAUUCUAAUAUACUGUAUCAUAGAUGAUUCUGCUUCAAUUCGUUUUAAUUUUCUUCUUCCUUUUUCUUCUCCUCAACGAUCCUUUUGUAAAUAUUUUUUAUUUUUGUUGUUCAUAUUUGUUUCUCUUAUAUUUUUGAAAAUAUUUUACAUGGUCCCUAUUAAAAUCAGAAAUGAAACUUUUUGGGCUUUUUUUUUACCGUGUUUUAAUAAAGAUCAGUCAAUCAAAUUUACCACCCCCUGUUCCGCCGCGGCAACUUGUCUCGGUUUAUAUAUAUGUGAGGGUGUGUGGGUGUGUGAGUGUGUGAGUGGGUGUGUGUUCGGUGUGAAUGUAUGUAGGGCAUCAAGUCAUUUGUCUAAAUUAAUUUCGAGUACCAAUAAGAAAUGUGCGAUUGAAACAACCAUUUUGAUUGUGUUAAAUCAAUAUAAUCUUUAUUAAAGAAUCACAUCGAAAACGA